CCCACCCAUCUGUCAAAAAGGCAAAGCCAGAGAAUUCUUCCGGUAUCUUCCGGUGACGACAUCAACAUCAGGAUCAAUCAAGAAAUGUGACGCAAAAAUGGGAUGGACUCUUCACGGCUCCCGCUGUUACAAGAAGAUGGAGACAACCAACGGUUGGCUGGGGGCUCGUCACGACUGCCUCUGGGAGGGCGGCGACCUUGUUUCCAUCACCUCCACGGACGAGGAAGACUUUGUGAAGCGGCAGAUGGGCGACCAGCCCUUCUGGAUCGGGCUCUCCAAUCUGAACUGCAAAGAGGACUGGUGUCAGUUUUUGGAUGCGGGAAAAAAGAACCUGACUUGGCCCAACACCAGUAUGAUGCCGGACUACACCAACUGGGACCCGCGUCAAGACGGACGCUCCAACGUUGCUUCCUGCGCCUACGUCAACCAAGGUGUGGACCUCUACAAUCAGCCUGGAAAGUGGAGACAUGGCUCGUGCCAAUCCUCCUUGGCGUACAUGUGCAAGUGGUCGCCCGACGCUUCCUUCUGCGACUCUGGCGAGUUCCUGUACAAGGACUCUUGUUACCAUUUUGAGGGGACCCGUAAAACCUGGCAAGAGGCUGAGGGUUUCUGCAAGAACAAGGGAGGUCACCUGGCCAGCCUCCACUCACUGGUUGUCGGACAAUUUUUGUUUGCUCACGUGCGAGAUGGACAAGGAUGGUUGGCUUGGCUGGGACUCAGGAAGAACAAUGGCAACUUUGAGUGGAGCGACACAUCAUCUCCAGAUGAUGUCCCGUGGUAUAAUUCAUACAGAUCAUCUGAGUGCUCCAAAUUGGCAUUUGAUGGUAACGCUCACCUGACCCAAUGCGAUACCCUUCGUCCAUCCAUCUGUCAAAAAGGCAAGGCCAGAGAAUUUCUUCCGCUUCUUCUGACGCCGACAUCAGCAUCAGGCAAGAGCGCAAAGUGCGGCUGGUGGCAGGAAAACCCCGCCAACGACUUCUGCUACCUGAUCAACUCCAAGCCCACCAAGACCUGGAAGGAGGCGCGAGACAAGUGCGCCCGCCUCAGCGGCAACCUGCUCGGCUUCGCCGACUCGCAGGAACACGCCUUCAUCCAAGGUCUUCUGCCAAACGCUUCCUCUUUGUGGUUUUACACCAACGACACCACGGUUGAAGACGGCAGCGAGCAGUCGGCCCAAUCCUCACCCAAUUCCGUCCAGUUGGCCGCCGCAGGUAACCCCGGUGACCCCUCCGCCCGACGCUGCAACUCCUUACUCGGUGGCGAGGGCGGUCGGGAAGUCGGCGAUUGCGAGAAGAAGCGCGGCUACGUCUGCAAGAGACGAGUCGUUCAGACAUGUGAAACAAACAAAGGGUGGCAACGCCUCGGCUCCAACUGCUACAAGAAGAUGGAGACCACCAACGGUUGGCUGGGGGCUCGUUACGACUGCGUCUGGGAGGGCGGCGACCUGGUCUCCAUCACCUCGCCCUACGAGGAAAGCUUUGUGACGGAGCAAAUGGGCGACAAGCCCUUCUGGAUCGGACUCUCCAAUCUGGACUGCAACAAGGACUGGUGUCAGUUUUUUGAAGAGGGAGAAAAGAAGCUGACUUGGUCCGACACCGGUGUGACCCCGGCCUACGCCAACAGGGACUCGCGUCAAGACGGAAGCUCCCACCUUCAGUCUUGCGCGUACGUCAACCAAGGUGUGCACUCCUCCAGUCAGCCUGGCAAGUGGAGACAUGGCUCGUGCGGAUCCUCACUGGCGUACAUGUGCAAGCGGUCGCCCGACGCCUGCCCGGUGGGUCGGCUGUGUUCCUACAAAGACUACGGAUUGGGCUACCAUCGAGUGGAGACUUCCUACUGCGACCCUGGCGACUUCCUGUACAAGGGCUCUUGCUAUCACUUUGGGAGGAUGGAGCGCACUUGGAAGGAUGCCGAGAAGUUCUGCCAAGAAUCGAAAGGUCACCUGGCCAGCGUCCUCUCAUGGGACGAGGGCAAAUUCUUGGCUGCUCACGCGCCAUAUGUAGGAGGAUUGCAAUCUUGGGUGGGACUCAAGAAGAACAAGGACAACUUUGAGUGGAGCAACGCAACACCUGCAGGCAAGAUCGAGUGGGUCCCAAACAGGCCGGCCGGACGGGGUGACUGCGCUGCCUUGUCGCAGACUGGAAAACUUGAGGACUGGCCCUGCACCAAUAUUCAGCCAUUCAUCUGUAAAAAAGCCAAGGUCCAAGACUUUCUUCUUCCUCCGCCGGCAGGCUGGAGUGCAAAGUGCGGCUGGUGGCUGGAGCGAUCCUCCUCCGACUUCUGCUACCUGAUUCAACGCAAGCCCACCAAGACUUGGGAGGAGGCGCGAGACGACUGCCUUCGCCGCGGAGGCGACCUGCUCAGUAUCGCCGACUCACAUGAACAGACCUUCAUACAAAGUCUGUACACUUUACUCCCGAGCGCUCCCUCUCUGUGGUUGGGCGUCGACAAUAACGUCACGAAAGACGGCAGCGGGUGGACUGACGGAUCCCCGUUGGGUUACGUCGUCAUGGACGAAGAUGACCCCGGUGACCCCGCUGGUGCGUCCUGUCUUUCCCUGCUCACAAGCAACGGCCGCUGGAAGUUUGACGAUUGCCGGAAGAAGAGAGGCUACAUGUGCAAGAAAAGAGGAGACACGUCAAAAGCGCCGCGCCCUCAUGACGGCUUUAAGGAGAUCCUUGUCUGCGACAAGCAUUCUGCUGACCUCGUGUGUGAGGCUGAGGGUCAGAAGCAAAGCCGCAUCACUAUCCAGUCCGCCUUUUACGGUCGGCGGAGUGACGACGUUUGCCAGGAGGACGCAGACUCAAACGACGACUACUCAUUCGACGACGACGACUCAUCGGGAAACGGUAAGAGCUGA